AUGUCCGGAGAUGAUGACAUCGGAUCCUCAUCAGAGUCAGAAAUAGAAGGAGGGCUAUCACUUUUAUCAAAUUCUAGACUAAUCAAGGACUCCAAGCCCUCUCCUCCAGAAACAACUCCAUUCAAUGAUGUAGAGGUAAUCUCAAAGUACUCAGAUGAUAAACUUAUCAAAGAUCUAUCUAAGUAUCAGUCGAACCAAGAAACAUUGUCCUAUAUUGCUAGCAAAGCUAAACAAAGGCAAGAUGUAUUUAACAAGCGAUCUAAUCUGGAAGAGAAAAUUAAAGCUCAAGUCAAUCCUGAAGUCUUCAAAGAGAACCCUGCAUACUUGGACUACCUAGUAACUCACUAUGAAGGAAAACAUGGUAUUAACCUACAAGAUUUUUUCUUCGUCACCAACCCUCAGCCAUUUGUCAUAUUACCAAUUGAGGGGGUAGGUAAGAUUCGCAGUGAUCAACUUUUGAACCAUUUAGCUUAUGAGACAAGGGAGGAAUUUAUUGACACAAUAGGUGCAAAGCUUGACGACGUACAUGAUAUUAGCCUUUUCCAAUGCAAGACAUUUCUCAAGACGAUUGGUUGCAAAACUGAAUUAAUAGACCAACCUUCGUCUAUUACAUUGACUUUGAAUCCACAUGUAAAGACUAUACCUCAGAGUCUAAUAGUCAGGAAAGUGUGGUACUUAAUUCAAAGGGUCUCCAGGUCCCCAUGGGAUUUGACGAUACAAAAUCUUUUACUCUAUACUGUACUCUAUUUCUUCAUGGAUAAACUCAUUGCUGAUGGUUCUGAGAAUACCUCGUGCGUCGAUUGGCUUAAUAAAUCAAUGAUCUCUCUAAUGCAAUGGUACCCAUCAGAUACACAGCUGACCACAAAUGAGUCCUUUCAGGAGACAAUGUCCCUAUUAAUCUCGGCCAUCAAUAAAAUAACUACUGAUGUAAAUUUGAUAGCGAGGUUAUUAUUGAACAUGGAUACCAGGAACUCAAUAUCCCGAUACAUGUGUCACGCACUAUCAAUGCACUAUCUUUCAGUGCCGAUAGAAUAUCAAUCUGUCAACUAUCCGAUGGAAAGAAUCAAAUUGGAUUGUGACCCAGAAUCGAUUAAUAAAGAAAUCCUCGGACUUUUAGAGAAGAAUUUAGAGAAAUUUUGUCAUUGCGAGCUUGAAGUGUCGAUACCAAGGGAUAAGCUGGUCUAUAAACAGAUUCAGGCCAGAAUGUCAAUACUCUCAUCACUCAUAAACUAUUAUCUCCCCCAUUUAUCAAGAACACAGUCUCAAAAAUUUCAUGAACAUAUUUCAAGCUUAAGUCAAGACUAUUUUCAUAUGCACAAAUCACAAAUUAACCCGACCAUAUUCGAAACGAUCAAUUCAUUGAAAGCAUUGGAAGACAAACUUUUCGACAAAAUAUUACAAUCUAAUAAUUAA